AUGGAGGGUCUUGACGAUGUCUCUGACCACUAUGAUUCUAGUCAUUUCAGUUCCGAGAGGCUUGUUGAGACAGCCAAGUUUCUGGCGGACGCAAAAUCUAGCUUGUUAGAAGACCUAAAUGUGGAAAAUAUAGCACUGUCAAAAGCAGGCAAUGGCGCCGACAGUGAGCCUUACAACCCUUUGCAGAGUAUUUCCAAGGGCAGCCGAGUGCGUGCAGACAGGGUUCGAUCAUACAUACAUUUUUUCUACCAUUUGAUGGAGGAGGAGGUGGAAAGUGGAAAGGACAAUUUGAACGGCAACGGCAACGGCAACGGCAAUGGUACGAGUUACAAGGGUGUUGAGGGUGUUUACAACCCGCUGCAGGUGAUUCGGAACCGGAAAGCCAAGAAAAAGUUACACCACCAGCUGCGUAAUGAAGUAACGUUCCUAAAACCUCCAAUUCUAGCGAUCCGCGACUUCUCUAGCGUACCAGAUCGAGACUUCCCGUGGUUCGUAGACGUCAGUGAGAGAUCAAGAGACCUUUCUUGGCGGAUGUCCAACUGGGAGCAUCUGCGAAGGGCAGAUGGGAAACGGUGGUUUCCAAGAGAUCACAUUUGGCGCUCGCGAUCAACGACUGCCACCUCUCGCUCUUCUCCAGGGCAUUUUUACAAGAGCAACCGCAGCUCGGAAGCGCACAGCACACAGUUGGCGCCAACAGCAAUAUCCACAAGGCCCGGCUCAGGCUGGGAACUGCCCUCAAUUUCCGUGGAAAGCGUCGACCCCAUUGGGACCGGUCAAAUCACACGUCCUUGGGAGAAAGCUUUGGGCAAGAACAAAUUGCUGUCGCGUCCAGUUUUCCAUAGCAAGUCCAACAGUCAGCAGCACAUCCUUGAGGACCCUGGCCUAUCAGCAAGAAAAUAUGCAAGCCACGAGCAGCUUUCGUACAUCACGCCAACCGGAACUUCAUUUCAUCACCGCAAUGCAUCUGAUGUCCAAAUUCGAUCCAUAAAGCGACCAAGCAACACGGAAACUCCGAGCAGCUCGGGUGAUUCGAAUAGGGCAUCCUAUGAAUUCCUGGAGCUUCAGGGCCCAUUUAAACAUGCAGUGCAAAAAAACACCAUCUCCGAAUUCCAGUGCAACGAGCUGAAAUAUCUGGUAUGUACCUGGAACAUCAUGCAGCACCGACAAGAGACACUGAAUAUUUUACAAACUCGGAAGGCCAGGAGGGAUGCGGCCAUAAAGAUCGAAAACCCAACCGAGUUUUGCCAGCCUGCAGAGAUAGCCGUUGGUGAAUAUCGUAAUGAGCUCGUGCAAGCGUUGAAAAAAUGCGAUAUUUGGAAAUCCAGGUUGCUGAACGACUACGCCAUACGCGUGGAAAGUCUGAUUUCCUCCAGUGACAGAGUUCUGAGUGACAUCAAUACUACGCUAACGCUGCGGCUCAAGCAGCUGCAAGAGAAAAUGGACAGAUUUGGUAACUUAAAACGCAUGAACAAAGAGCCGAUGCGGAUAUUUCUGUAUCGAGUUCUGGAGGUGAUAAUUGUUUUACUGUUUUGGAUGAUCUGGUUCUGUUUUACGGUAUUGAAAAGUGUGAAAAUCGUGAUAUUGACAUUAUACAAGAUUGCCAGUUGGGCAGCUUGGUGA